CCGGCUCUGGCCCUCGGGACGGAAAGUCUCUCCCGGGCUUCGCCGCCCUGACUCCCGGCGGGCCACACCCCAGCACUCUCCCGCCUUCCCGACCCCGCGGCCGGUGCCUCCCGGGCCGCUUCUGCCCGGACACUGGCGUGGACGGGACCCAGCCCCGGCCCCGGCCGUCCCGCCCCGGCCGAGGGGGCGCCGCCAGAGUCAGAGCGAGCCAUGGACCCGGUGGUCCUGAGCUACAUGGACAGCCUCCUGCGCCGCUCGGACGUCUCCCUGCUCGACCCGCCCAGCUGGCUCAAUGACCGCGUCAUCGGCUUCGCCUUCGAGUACUUCGCCCACGGCCGCUUCCCCGGCUGCUUGGACCGCGUCUGCUUCGUGAGCCCCGAGGUCACGCAGUUCAUCAAGUGCGCCGGCGACCGGGCCGAGGUGGCGGCCUUCCUGGAGCCGCUGGGGCUCCCCGCCAAGACGGCCGUGUUCCUGGCCGUCAACGACAACGGCGGCCCGGCAGCCGGCGGCACCCACUGGAGCCUGCUGGUCUACCUGCGGGAGCGGGCCGGCUUCCUGCACUACGACUCACAUGGUGCCAGCAACGCGGCCCACGCCCGCCGCGUGGCGGCCAAGCUGGAGGCCUUCCUGAGCACGGAGGGCAGGCUGGCCUUCCUGGAGGAGGAGGCGCCGGCCCAGCAGAACAGCUACGACUGCGGGAUGUACGUGAUCUGCAUCGCCGAGGCCCUGUGCCGGCACCUGCUGUGCCAGCAGCCCCUGCGCCUGCAGCUCACGCCCGGCUACGUCACGGCGCAGAGGGCCGUGUGGAAGGCGCGCAUCGCCCAGCUGGCCCCGCGCCCGCCCCCCGCAGACCUCGGCCCUCGGGAAGCUCAGCCUCAGUGAGCCUUCCUGCCUCAGCCCGGGCCCUUGGACCCCAGAUGUCUCGAAACUGCGCCUAGGCCUUCCGAAGGCAUCCGCACUCGAGGAGGUCUGGAGACACGCUGCUCGCUGCCCUUCCCACAGUAGACAGACCCCAGGCCCGAGUGGGCGAGAGCCGCAUGUUCGGGGGCGGGGUGGGGGCGGGGGCCAUGGCGCUGGCGCGGCCUCUGGAAGAACUUGCCUCCCCCGCCUGAUGCCUGGCAUUCCGGGAGCGGCUGGGGGUGGGGCCCUGGGGGCUGGCUACAGUAAGAGGCUGGCGCGGGGUGCGGGGCGCAGUGCACGGCCACCCGCUGCGGGUUUGUUUGUUUGCCGGCCUUUGUGUCCCUGUCAUGUCCCCGCCAGAUGGGCUGCACCUGAGGUGUGCGGGCUGCGCAAGGCCUGACUUAUAAGUGACCUUCCUGAACCCGUCACUGAAAAUGCCGGCGAUGUGGAACCGACAGUAAAAGAAGAUGCCGCUGUG